UGUGUUUGUUUUGUAGCCUGUGCAGCGGAGCCGGUGAGGAGCGGGCACACACCGCUGCGGAGGAGCUGUCAGCGGAGCAGGUGGACUUUCUCUCUCUGGUACCCCCGUUCAGGUCCCGGCGGAGGGACACGGUGGCGACGAUAAACCGUGAAAUAUUAGUAGUUCUUCGUGUCUUUGAGAGGUAAUUUGACAAUCCUCACCAUGACUUCGGUGUGGAAGCGGCUUCAGCGGGUCGGAAAGAGAGCAUCCAAGUUCCAGUUUGCUGCUUCAUUUCAAGAGCUGACGAUAGAAUGCACAAAGAAAUGGCAACCAGACAAACUGAGAGUGGUGUGGAUCAGGAGGAACAGACGUCACGGCACGAAGCUCCACAGCUGGCAGCCCGGGAUCAGAAACCCCUACAGAGGCACGGUGCUGUGGCAGGUUCCAGAGACUUUGGACAUCAACGUCACACUCUUCAAGGAACCUACUGCAGAGGAGUUUGAGGACAAGGACUGGACUUUUGUCAUUGAAAAUGAGACAAAAGGCCGUAGGAAGGUGUUGGCAUCGGCAGACGUCAACAUGAAGAAGUUUGCCAGUGCCACGCCGGCCCAGUACGAUGUGACGCUGAAGCUCAAACCGAUGUCCGUCAAAGUGGUGGAGGCCACUCUGAAACUGAACCUGUCCUGCAUCUUCCUCAAAGAGGGCAAAGCCACAGAUGAGGACAUGCAGAGUCUGGCCAGUCUGUUGAGCAUGAAACAGAGUGACAUUGGAAACCUGGAUGACUUUGCAGACAGUGAUGAUGAAGGUGGCGAGGAGAGGAGGGCCAGCUUCGGACCGGCUUCUCAUGUCACUGCCUCUGCUUCUUCUUUCAUGAGAGUACAUGAUUUGGCUUGGAGGCCUGCAAUGGAAUCAGGUCCUGCAGGGCCCAUUUCAGCUCCGCGGAGGCCCCACAGCUUCCACAGUGGCUCCACUCCAGCUGAGGGCCUGGAAGCUUUUACCUUCACCCCUCCUAAAGCCACCUCUUUCCUCUCUGCCUCACCCUCUGAUCCAUCUCUACAUACUCCCACUUUCCCUGGUACCUCCCAAACAGCCUGUCCCAGUGUCCCUUCCUUUUCUUCUCCGUUCUCCUCCUUCGCUUCAUCUUCAGCUCCUCUCAGUUCCUGCCCUCCUCUACCUCCUCCUGCUCCCAGAAACCCUAAAGCUCGCCCCCUCUCAGUGGGGGAGCCGGGCUCUGGCCUAACCCGGCCCACCAGCCUGCCCUCGGCCCCAGAGACAGCUUCCUGGCAGAGUGAAUGGAGGCCUCCUAAAUCUCAGGCUCCUCUAGCACAACCUGCCAUUUCUCCUAAGUUCCUGCAUCUCUCUGCCAAGGACCCUGGAAAGCCUGCAGUGCCACAGAAAAAGCCGAUAGAGACGCCAUCUUCAGCCUCUGUGCACCCUGGCCCUUCUUCAGAGCAGAGGCUCCAGGGAGGCUCUGCAUUUGUUCCGUCCUGGAGACCCCAGGUUCCUGCUGCACUGCAGACGCCCUUACCUUCUCUCAGCCCUCCUUCUGCUCUCAUAUCCUUUGGGCCUCCUCCUCCUCCUUCUCAGCCUCAUAUUUCCCAAGCUGCCAUACCUUCUCACAGUGACCAAGAUGCAGAAUUCAAAAGACAGUUGAGUACGUUAAACGAAGAGGACAACCAGUCUACAACACCUACAACCCCUGAUCCCAGACUGCCGCCUAGCUUUAGGACCGAGUCUUCCAGGGCUUCAGAGCGGAAAAGAGACGCACAAUUUGGAUCCGAGGUCGUUAAGGCAUCAGCAGGACCUCAACAAACAAAUAUGGAAGGAGUUUCUGCCACUUCCCAGCAGCCUACAUCAAAUGAGUCACUGACAGGUACAAAUGUUCACAAGGAGAUGCUCAUGGACAAGCCUGCAGGUUGUCAGGACAUAAGUCCAAUUGGACCACAAGCUGACUUUGCUGUCCCUCAGCGAGGCAGAAAGCCAAAGAGAAAAGUUCCAGACCCUCAGAAGAAAAAGUUUGAUCAGAAAGAAGAAACAGUACCAGUACGACCUCUCCGACGGAAGGAUAGUUUGACACCAGACCGCAAACAUAAAACUGAUAGUUUGACAGUCAAGCCCCCACCUGAGGUUGUUCCAGUCCAUUCUGAAGGAAGAAAUGCUGCUGAUGAGAUACAACCUGCAGCUGAUCCAUGUUGCAAUCUCAACAAACAAGACACAAGCACUGCUCUUGAUGUACCUCAGAAUGGUCAUGCUCAAGAUGAACCAAACACAGGGGACUAUAGGCAGAAAGAAGAAACAAAAUCAGUUCAAUCUAUUGUUGUUGUUGCACCUCCUCGUGUGAAAAGGAGAGAUAGCAGUUUGCCACCUGUAAAGCCUCCGAGGAGAAAAGGAAGUGUCGCUAGAGACUCAUUUGUUCGAAAAACUAAUGACCAACAAUAUUUAAAAGCCCAAGUCAGUUGUUCUUUGAACACUACAGAUCCAGUUUCUUCUCAACCUUGUGAGAGUAGCUCUAGCGCUCCAUGUGCUGGAGAAGAUUCUGUUGGGAGUGCCUCUCUGCAGACAGACACAGAACUGGUCUGCUCAAAGCAAACCUCUUCUACCCCAGGAUCGCCCAAGAAAGACAGUAAUACAGCUGUCCAGGCCUCUUCUCCAAAGGAAAUUGAGAGCAUCACACCAAAGCAAGAGCCAGAUACAUUUUGUGCUAAGCAAACUGCUUCUCUCUCCAUUAUCAAAAAGAUACGACUUCCAAAACGCAACAAGAAAUUGACCUCAAGCAAAUCUGGCAAAAUUGAAACUGACGAGAAGUCACAAGAAAAACCCGUCCAGAUCGAAAACGCAAUGGAAGAAAUAAAGCAGACAAACAAUGCUGGUGACGCAUCUGUUGAUAAAAGCAACACCACAUAUUGUCAGAAAUCCCAGGAUGCAUCAGAGAUAGCAGAAUCAGAAAUGGGCAAACAAACAACCCUUCAAACCGUUACAGCUAUGGCAAGCACGUCUACAGUAUCUCAUGUUGAAGAUGCAGAAAGGGAAGGGUGUCCUUCAUCCCUUUCCUCAACAACUAAAGAAUGGUCAAUGGUGCCACACAGCAAAGGUGUCCCCUCUCCUCUGGGUGAUAAACCUUCUACAUCUACUGAAGAAGAUGCUCCUGUAAAGUUGAGGAGAAGCAGGUUGAUCAUUGAAAGCAUUGUUCAAGUAGAGGAUGCUCAUAUUUCUGAGAAACCAUCAGGAGCUUCAAGCUUGCCCGUACCGAAACCACGAGUAAAGAAACGUCUUAGUGGUUCCUUUCCAGAUGACAUUACAAUCUCUGGUUCAUCACCUUCCUGCCAGGAAGACAAAGGAACCGACAACACUUGUCUUGGAUCAGUCCAACAGAAUGAACAGUCAAGCUUGCCUGUGCCAUUGCCACGGGCCAAGAAACGUCUAAGUGCAACUUAUUCAGAUAGCCCACCACCUGUAGACAAUGCAUUCCCCAUAGAAAUGGAAUUAUCUCAGAUAAACCUUGAGGAUACAUCUGCCACUAGCAAGGAAACAAAGGAAGGCUCAACAUCAUUGGAUUCCCGUGUGAUCUCUGAAGUCCCGGUCGAAGGAGAAGAUGGUGCUGCUGCAUCAGAGUUGGAACAGGGAAUGCUAGAAGCAAUGGGAGAAGAGGACUUUACUCUGGUAGACUCUGUUGAAGAUACUGAGAAGGCAUUGGAUGAAAUCAUUAAAGGAUGGACCUUUACAGAAAGACCUGUUGCAACACGUGACUCAGAGAAUGCUACAAAGUUGGGGUCUGAGCAGGCGGACAUUGAAAAGGUCCUGGGAGCAGAGGUCGAUAUGUCCCUUGCUUCCACUGUUGCAUCUUCUCAGGAUGACUGGCUGCAUGUAGCCAAUGAUAAAGACAAUGAUAAAGACGGUGAACUAACGGAAAUAAACUCAAGGAAGGAAAUGAGGGACGAAGAGUUGGACUUUGGCUUUGAGUCUGUAGAUGUAGACACUGGUUGUUUACAGGAGGAAAGGAAAAGAGAGAAGUCAGCUGCUGCCAUCCAUCAAGGGGGUGAGCCAACGACACCUCAGAAAAGGCCUGCAGAUGGGGCUGCCUCUAUGGAAGGCUUUUCGCCCAGUCCCAGCUUAGUAACAUCCAGUCAGUCUCUACUGGACUGGUGUCAGGAAGUCACACAGGGUCACAAAGGAUUGAAGAUCACCAACUUCAGCACCUCCUGGAGAAACGGCCUCGCGUUUUGUGCCAUCUUACAUCACUUCCAACCAGAAAAGAUUAAUUAUGAAAUGCUGGACCCCUAUGACAUCAAGAUCAACAACAAAAAGGCUUUUCAUGGCUUUGCAGAACUUGGCAUAUCGAGGCUAAUGGAGCCUUCGGACAUGGUCAUGCUAGCAGUGCCUGACCGCCUCAUUGUCAUGACCUACCUCAACCAGAUCCGCACCCAUUUCACGGGCCAGCAGCUCAGUGUGCUCCACAUAGAAAAGGACAGCAGCGAGUCCAGCUAUGCAGUAGCAGGGGACAGGGAUGUUCAAGAGGACCCAGAGGCCACCGCUCGCUACUGCGCCCAGAGGCUACAGGAGGGGGGCAUCAAUCUGGAGACCAAUGGGGCUGCAGCAGAGUCGGACAGUAACACCGGGGAGGUCCUUCCACCUCCCAGAACCAAACGGGUUGCUGGAGCAGGUGGGGCUAAGUUACCAGUGGCCCCACCAAGGACUCACUUCCUGUCCAAGACUGGUUUCUCUCAUGUCAAAGACGCUGAUCUGGUCAAGAAGCGUAGGUCCUCACAGCGAAGGAGUGGGUCAUUAGAAGAAGGAGACAUAUCAGUGGUUGUUGAGGGGCAAGAAGACACUAUAAUCAGUCGGAGGAAGUCGGACACUGAGAGAACAGAGGCUGUGGUUGAACCAGAAGGCCAGGACCCCAGCCAGUAUGUGCUGAGUCAGAUGGAAGCCCUGGAAGCGGAACAAAAUCAUAUUGAUAACAGAGCAGGUGUGGUCGAGAGGAAACUCAGACAACUGCUAGAAACAGGCAGUGACAAGUUGGAGGAGGAGAGGUUGAUUCAGGAAUGGUUCAUGCUUGUCAACAAGAAGAACGCUUUAAUCAGGAGGCAGGACCAUCUGCAGCUGCUGCUGGAGGAACAGGACUUGGAAAGAAAGUUUGAGCUGUUAAACAAAGAGCUGAGGGACAUGAUGGCGAUGGAAGAGUGGCGUAAGAGUCAGGACCAGAAACACAGAGAGCAGCUGCUGCUCCAGGAGCUGGUGUCCCUGGUCAACCAGAGGGACGAGCUGGUCCAGAACAUAGACGCCAAAGAGAGAGGGGCUGUGGAGGAAGACGAGCGCCUGGAGCGAGGCCUGGAGCAGCGGAGGAGGAAGUACGCCAAACAGCAGAAAGAAAAGUGUGUGAUGCAGUGAUUCUGUCAGCCUCCAGCAACAAAACUGUCUCACUACCUUAAAGAAAACGGGGAAGACACAACCAGGAAUGGUGCGGUCGUGUUGGUCCUCCUGCUGUCAGGCUGGUUGGUGUGUCAGAGGAUAUUUAUACACAGGAAGUUACAUGUGAUCAAUAGGAGCUGGAUGUGUUUCCAAUGGAGACUCGGAUGGCCCCAAACCACAGAGAGGCUAUGUUUAGGCACAUUUUAUUUUGGUUUGUUUCCCUUUUUUAAAUGUGCAAUCAAAGUGGGCAGUAGAUUCAUUUCCUCAAAUUCAAUGUCCAUGUCCAUUUACCUAACCCAGGAUUCCGCACCCGUUGAGCAGAAGCCCUUCAGAGCCUUCACAGAGCUGCUUGUUCGUCCGGACCGUGUGCUUUGCUGUGUUUAUAGUGACUAUUGUAACAAAUCGUGAAAGUGUGUUUGAUAAAAAGUGUCUGUAUGAGACUGUAAAUGUUUGGGAGAGAUAAGAGCUGGCUACGGCAGGAGAGAGUCAGUUGUUAUUAAGGUUCGGCAGCAUUUCUGACAUGUUGGGAAUUGUAGCUGCAGACUACCUAGUGCCAGUACAUUCAUAAAAACAGGUUCAGCAGUUCCUGGUGACUGUUAAUCACGGCAGGGUUAGAAAGCCCUUAAACAAUACCAUAUUGAAUAGCAAAUCUCUCACAAUGUAACGCUAUAACACACUGCUGUUACCUCCUGAAACCAUUUUGGAUCCUGGAUCUGGAUAAGGUCUGUUUAAAGGGACAGUUUACGUACAAAAAGAAACGUAAAACGUUUUUUCACAGCACAGAAGAAAGCAUGCGAGCAGCUCAAGGUUGCGUGAGCUAUCUUACGUCACAGCUCCCCUGAACGGACGACUGUCCCUUUAAUUCACAUUUAAAAACAGCAAGGUUCAGAAAACAGAUUGUAGUUAAGGGUAAAAAAGGACUUAAGGUUAUAGACAUAUUUUGAUCAUGUUGGGUGAGUACAACAACGCAUGUGCAAAAACAAGUAUAGGUCACCAAAGUUGCCUUAUUAAAGGAUGUUUUACAUUAUAAAAAACACCCCUGUUUUAGGCCAGGAUUUUAACGCAUGGCAAAUUCCAUUGAAAAUGAAUUUGGCUCAUGUCCUGUCCAAGUUUGAAUAUUUUCAAUGUUACGUUUAAAUGUUUGUUUAAAGUUGCAAAUUGAAUGCAAGGAUAAGGAAAGCAGCUAUGGGACGGAUCAGAUAUUCUAAAUAACUUAUUGGAAUGAUUUAAAGUUUUACUAUUUAUUCAAGACAACUGUAAAAUGGUAAUUGUUGUAACCAAAGCCAUCGCUUAGUGUAGCAUUUAAAUGUGUAGAGAAUGUUCACACAGGAGCAUGUGUCCUCUCUGUAAACGGAUUCAUAUCAUGACAGUGAUAUUUCUAUAGACUUGUACAUUUAGGACGUUUCUUUUGCCGACUAUUAGGAAAAUGUUCUGAUACGUGUUUGUUUCAACACAUUCAAUGAGUCCUGACAAUUAUCUCUCCUAUUCAAGAAAUUCGAAAUACUUUUACAUUAUGCAAAUGUGUUUUUGUAAUUGAAAGCAGAAGAUGUGAUCUUUGUUAGCGCAAUAUCAACAUUAGCUUAAAGUGUUGUUGCACUUUGACUUCAGUACGAGGAUGUUCUGUGAUGUUUUAGGCCUGAGGUUUUGUUUUACUUUUUAAAGUUUGCAGUUCUCAUGUUGCCAACAUCUCUGGUGCGAGCAGCUCCGUGCACCUCGUGUGUGAAGUGGUUACAACCGGUUUAAAGGAUUGCUGUUUUAUUUGUGGUUUUAAUGUUACACUUGCACUAUUUGUAAAGUCUGGAAAAUACAAAUGAUUGAAUGCCUUA